AUGGUAGCAACAAGCAUAGCCUCAACGGAGAAGAAGGAGGAUUUUCUUUCAAGCGGAAACAAUUAUGUCGUUACCGAAACUGUCAUAACAUCUGAUAAAAUGGAUGAGUAUCUUCCAGAAAAAGAAAAACAAUAUUUGGAUGAUGUAGAAAAGUCAUCUACAAAGCAUAUGGACGAUGAGGAAGACUCACCUAUUGAGGAAGUACGCGCUGUAGUUUCAAACACUGAUGAUCCUUCGCUUCCCGUAUACACAUUUCGCAUGUGGUCGUUAGGCAUCAUUUUUGCUGCCUUGCUCAGUUUCGUCAAUCAAUUCUUUUUCUACAGGCAGAAUGCCUUGAGUUUAUCACCUCUGGUCGUCCAAUUGCUGACUUUCCCUCUAGGCAAAAUAAUGGAAAAAGUCAUUCCCAAGUCUCCAUUCUUCAAUCCCGGUCCAUUCAAUAUGAAGGAGCACGUUUUGAUUACCGUUAUGGCGAACUGCUCAUAUGUCACAGCUUAUGCUGUGGACAUAGUAACCAUUCAACGGCUCUUUUAUGGUCAAAACUUGGGAUGGGGAGGUGGUAUUUUGCUGGUUUGGACUACUCAGUUUAUUGGGUAUGGUAUGGCUGGUGUACUUCGCCCUUUCCUGGUAUAUCCCUCUGCAAUGGUUUGGCCUGCCAACCUGGCCAACAUUUCUCUCUUUCAGACUUUCCAUAACAACGAAAAUACAUGGACUGGCCCUAGCCGUAUGCGCUGGUUCCUCUACUGUUUUGUUGGAAUGUUCGUUUACUAUUGGCUCCCUGGUUAUUUCUUCCAAAUACUGACAUUUUUCUCUUGGGCUUGCUGGAUCAAGCCAUCCAAUCUUGUUUUGUCCCAGGUAACAGGUACUUUAAACGGCCUCGGUAUAUUGGGUGUUUCUUUCGAUUGGGCUACCAUCACAUCUUACCUUGGCUCUCCUCUGGUUGUUCCUCUUUUUGCAAUCAUGAAUAUUGGUAUAGGUUUUGUGAUUAUCGCUUGGAUUGUUGUGCCUCUUUUGUAUUACACUAACGUCUGGGAUGCGAAAACAUAUCCAAUUAUUACUUCUGGCCUCUUCAAUGCCAAAGGCGAACCUUGGGAUAAUUCAUUGGUAUUGACUCCUGAAAAGAUUCUGGAUCCUGAACUCUAUGCUCAACAUGGCCCUCUUCGCAUGUCUACCUUUUUUGCAUUCACUUACGGUAUUGGUUUCGCUGGUGUCACUAGUAUUCUGACACAUACCUUUUUGUAUCAUGGUAAAGACAUUAUAAGACAAUAUAAGAACUCCCGUCAGAAGAACAAUGAAGACAUUCACCACAAAUUGAUGCGCGCCUAUCCUGAAGUUCCUCACUGGUGGUAUAUUGCUAUCUUUCUUAUCGCUUUCGGUGUUUCCUUUGCUGUCAUUUACCGCUGGCCAAUUUAUUUACCAUGGUGGGGUCUUAUUCUGGCAAUUAUUAUUUCUAUUAUCUUUGUUCUUCCUAUCGGCAUCAUUCAAGCCGUUACUAACCAGCAACCCGGUCUCAACGUUAUCACUGAAUUUAUCAUCGGUUAUGCCCGUCCUGGUCAUCCUAUUGCCAAUGUCGUUUUCAAGACCUACGGUUAUAUCUCUAUGUAUCAAGCUCUUGUGUUUGUAGGCGAUCUCAAGCUUGGUCAUUACACUAAAAUUCCACCCAAGGCUAUGUUCUUUGUCCAAUUGUUAGGUACCGCUAUUGCUGGUUUUGUCAAUCUGGCUACCGCUACAUGGCUCAUGGACACCGUCAAAGAUAUUUGCACCCCUGCCGCUUAUCCUUUCACAUGCCCUAGCGCCCGCACUUUCUACUCUGCUUCUGUAAUCUGGGGCGCUAUUGGUCCUGAAAGAAUGUUCGGCCCUGAAUCGCCUUACAACUCAAUGCUCUGGAUGUUCCUCGUCGGUUUACUCAUUCCUAUACCCUUCUGGUUUUUAUCCAAGAGAUACCCUAACAGCUGGAUUAAGUAUAUUCACUUGCCUUUGAUUUUCAGCGCUACCGGUAUGAUGCCUCCUGCUGUUCCUCUUAACUUCUCCAUGUGGUUCGCUGCUGGUAUUGUCUUUAUGUGGUAUGUUCACAAGUAUCACAGAGACUGGUGGACCAAGUACAACUAUAUCACUUCGGCUGCUUUUGAUUCAGGUGUAGCCAUUUGCGGUAUUAUCAUUUUUGGUGUCGUCUCGGGAACGAAUUGGCAAGCAGAUUGGUGGGGUAAUGGUGAUGCUGAGAGCUUGGACCACUGUCCUUUAUCUGCUGCUAAUUAUUCAGGCAUUGUCCCUUAA